AUGCAGAAAGUAACUCGUGAAAAACCACUGCAUAUGCUGAGGCAAACGUGGUCAAAAUUUGAAGAUUCAAAUUCAUCGCGUUUCAAGCAAAAUUUAAAAUGGGUUCAUCCAAAAGAUAGAAUUCCGGAAUGGAAAAUAAAAGUUGAUGAUAUAGUAAAAAUUAUCUCUGGUAAAACAAAAGGCCAAGUUGGUAAAGUGAUCAAAGUGGAUAAAUGGGCGAAUAGAGUCUUUGUUGAUAAUGUGAACUUUAGUAAAAAAACACCAAGAACCGAAUAUGAGACAGAGGAUUUUGAUCCAUCAAGCAUUGAGAAAACUGGUUCUUGGUGGAUGAGGAAAACUUUAAGAGCAAUUCAUGUAUCGAAUGUUUCUCUCAUACAUCCUGAACAUAUAAAACCUUUUGAAGAGGGAUCUAUCCCAGAAAAAGAUGUACAGGCAGUUAGAGUUGAAUUGAUAAAAAAGAAAAAAAAGAAUAAGAUUGUAUCAUUUAGAUAUAUCCCUAAACUUAAUAUGUAUUAUGAUCCUAUAAAAAAGGAAAAGAAAGAGGUCGAAAAAAAAGGAACUGCUAAGUGGGAUACAAGAAUAGAAGAGGUAGAAAGAAGAACAUUAGAAGUCAAUUUACUGCCUCCUUUUCCUCCCAGUAUAGUAAAUGAAUUGCGGAAUCCUAAAAAACCUUGGAGAUAUGAAUUGGCUGCUGUAUAUGAAGGUUUAUCACGGAUCAGAAAUGAUGAAAUUGGAGUUACAAUUGCUUAUGGAUUACAUUGGUCUUGUUAUGGAAUAUUACAUGCCUUAAUUACAGUUACUUUAUUUUAUUAUGGUUCAACAUUAAUUAAAAUGACGCAAAAAAGCUUUAUACUAUCAGGUGUUAUACCUGACGGAAGUCGAGAAAACAAUGUACAAUUACGUUUCUUUGGCGCUAGUAAUGAAAAUUCUGAUCCGAGCGAAAUUACUAUGAAACAUUUAAAAUUAAUAAAAAAUCUUCGAAAAAUGCGUAUCUUUAGUUAUACCUUAACGGGUUGCUUCUUCAUGUGCACAAUUUCUUUAUUUGCAAUGGCAGUAAUGGGUUAUAAACUAUUUGAGAUCACUCUAUUAUCUCAAUUAUAUUAUGCUCUUUGUAGUAUAGGGGUUCCUUUGGCUUGUAUCGGUAUAAAUUUUUGCAUUAUACAAGCAGAAAUCCAUCCAUCUGGUUUGAUAGAUACAAUAGCAGACUUAUCUAGUUACUACCAUAGUCAAUCUGAAUCUAAUAGUAGUGAAAAUCCUUUGUAA